AUGGUGACGAAAGAGAUGAUUCAGAGUAGUGUAACUGAUCUGCGUCAACAAUUGCAUAAUAUAGCGACGAAAGAAAUGUUGGAGACUAAUGAAAUUCAACGAGGUGUAACUGAUCUACGUCAACAAAUGAAUAAUACAUUGACGAAGGAGACGUUAGAGAAAUCGUUUAAAACGACAGAAAGAGACAUAAUCGUACGCGCGCUUCAGGAUAUGCAGACAGAUAGUUUAAAAGUGUAUAUGUCCAACGAGAUUCAUCGAGGUGUAACUGAUUUGCGUCAACAAAUGCUUAAUAUAGUGACGAAAGAGACAUUGGAGGAAUCGUUUAAAACGAUAGGGAAAGAUACGUUCACGCUGGCGCUUCAAAACAUAUUUGAUGAUAUUAAGAUGUUGCAUCACGGUGUAAGUGAUCUGCGUUACAAUUACAUUUUAACAGGUAUUGAUGUUUUGAGUAAAUACGCAUGGGCUAUACCACUCAAGAGCAAGAAUGGAAACGAUGUGACCGCAGCGUUAUCUACAAUAUUUCGUGAGGACGAACGAUACCCACGAAACCUGCAAACGGAUCAAGGAAAGGAAUUUUACAACGCUACCGUGCAGAAAAACAUUGUUAAGAGAUACAACAUAAAUCAUUAUUCUACGUAUUCAGUGAUGAAAGCGUCGGUGGUGGAACGAUUCAACCGUACACUCAAGAAUAACAUGUGGAAAACGUUCACGUUAAACGGUUCGUACAAAUGGAUCGACGAGCUACCGCGUCUAUUGUCAGAUUAUAAUCAUCGUAAACAUCGAACCAUUGGAAUGCGACCGAUAGACGUAACAUCCACCGUUGCAAAACGACUCUUGUCGACGGUAUACAGUCAUGUAAAAAUUGCCGCUCCAACGAGGUUCACGAUAGGCGAUCCAGUACGAAUUAGUAAAUUCAAGACAAUUUUUGAAAAGGGUUAUACUCGUACACCUAAUUGGUCCACUGAGAUUUUCUACAUCGUUAAAACACAACGUACGAAUCCUGCAACGUAUCUACUGAAAGAUUAUCAAGGGAAGCCGAUAGCUGGUGGAUUCUACGAACAUGAAUUACAGCGAGUCUCCAAUCCUGACGUUUACCUCGUGGAAAAAAUACUACGCAAACGAGGAAAUAAAGUGUAUGUAAAAUGGUUAGGAAUGGACAGUUCACAAAAUUCUUGGAUAGAUAAAACGGAUGUAUUAUAA